AUGGGCCGCUAUCUCCGAGCGGCAGAGAGCCGCACCAGCGACACAGACAAGGUCUACGUCGACACCAGUGACGCAGACAAGCCGCGGCGUGCCACGGCCACCCGGAGGUUGGCUCGGCGGCGGCACCAGAUAGGAAGGCCUGACUGUGUCCCGCGUAGUGUGCCAGCGGACUUGUUGCCGAAGGCUUGUGCAGAACGAAUUGAUGGCAGAUUCCCAAAUCGAUUCCCAGGACGUAAGGAAUAA